AACACACUCAACACACAAGACACUCAAACUCUCACGUCAUUGACUUCUACGGCAAUUUAUUUUCAUGUGUAUGAUCAUUGUAUUUUUAGUAAUAUCAGUGUUUCGCGUGUUAUGAGCGGCAAGGUUGUUAAGAGGAUAAUAAAUGAGAAGGAAUAGACAAAGGCGGAGUUGAGGAGCGCGACCCGUAACUAGUGUGCGAUGUUGUACAGUUGGUGAGAGACCAACUGGGAGAAUGAAACGCAAUUCUCUCAUUUACAUGCGUAGUUCCCUCAUUAUAGAAACCCAGUUGGACAGAGACACUUAGCAUGUAGCGGAUAGUGCCGAGAGGCAGUCAAGAUGUGAGGAACGAGACGUGGCGGAGGAGUUGGGAGGUGAAGAAAAAGGUUUUGAGUGCUGUCGUCAAGCUGAGCAAGCUCCUGCCUGUUUGGGCAAUCAGCUGAUUGGAACGUGUAACCAUCAACGAAGCCGCGAAGUAACGUCUCUGAAUGGUUGGCGUGAAGAGAAGCUCCAUUUUGCGCUUAUGCUGAUACACCAUGUCACAGAAUUUUCAAACUAGCUACCAGCCUCUAGGAGGGGCGAGUGAUAGAGAUGGAAUUACCAUAGACCGAGAUAAUGGGGAGGGAGACGACGAUCUCUCCCCAGACACACACUCAAGCAUGGUGUUCCAUGUUGUUCCCAAGUCCAGCAAGUCCAGGUGGAACCACUUGGAAGAUCUGGACUCCUUCUUCACACGAGUUUAUCAAUAUCAUCAAAAUCACGGGCUGAUGUGUAUGAUGCUUCAGCAGAUACUUGAACUGGUUCAAUUUAUAUUUGUAAUUGUAUUCACCUCCUUCCUUUUUACCUGUGUAGACUACGACAUUUUAUUCAGAAACAAAUUUCCGCCGGAUAUAGAUUUUAAUGUUACUGAUAAAAUAACGCUACCGGAUGUUAUACGCACUCACGAUGAAUGUAUGCAACACUUCUCUUGGAGAUUAGUUUUUGUCAUUCUACUAGCAACAGUGUUUUGGCUUCUUCGUCUUGUCCAUGCUGGCUUCACCUUCUUCCAGUUCUGGGAAAUCAAGCUCUUCUUCAACAAAGCAUUGGGAAUUCAUGACAAGGAUCUUGGCAACAUCACAUGGGAAGAAGUGGAGCAACGUGUGAUGGAAGUGCAGGUUGAACAGCGAAUGUGCAUACAUAAGGAAGUUCUGACCGAGUUGGAUAUUUACCACAGAAUUCUUCGCUUUACAAACUACUUUAUUGCCAUGGUCAAUAAAGAAAUUAUUCCAUUAAAAUUUGAAAUGCCUUUUGGUGGAGAAAUGAUCUUCCUCACGAAAGGCCUACGCUACAAUGUUGAAAUGUUAUUGUUUUGGGGACCAUGGGCUCCAUUUAAAAACAACUGGCACUUAAGUGAUGAGUAUAAGCGACUAGAAAAGCGACAAGAGCUAGCCGAGGAACUUAAUAAGAGGUUCCUCUAUGUUGGUAUUGCCAACCUUGUUUUCUUCCCUUUUGUACUAAUAUUUCAGAUUCUCUAUUCCUUUUUCUAUUAUGCUGAAAUGAUUAAACGUGAACCAGGUAGCUUGGGAAGUAGACGGUGGUCUCACUAUGGAGAAGUGUACCUGCGACAUUUUAAUGAGUUGGAUCACGAGAUGACAGCACGUUUGAACAGAGGAUACAAGGCUGCAUCUCAAUACAUGAACAUUUUUUCUUCUCCAUUCUUUGCUAUAUUUGCUAAACAUAUUGCCUUUGCAUGUGGGGCAAUGUUUGCAGUCCUUGCUGGCUUAAGCAUUUAUGAUGAAGAUGUUUUGCAAGUUGAACAUGUGUUGACAUUUAUGACUAUUUUGGGGGCAAUUCUUGCUGGAUGUCGUGUUUUUAUCCCUGAUGAAAAUCUUGUGUUCUGCCCAGAGAUGUUGUUGAGGAGGGUUUUGGCAGAAGUGCAUUACCUCCCUGACCACUGGAGGGAGAAGGCUCAUACAUCCAGGGUUCGCCAAGAGUUUUCACAGCUGUUCCAAUACAGAGCUGUGCACAUGAUGGAAGAAUUAAUGUCACCUAUUAUUACUCCUCUCAUUCUGAUAUUCAGACUUCGUUUCAAAGCUUUAGACAUUGUAGAUUUCUAUCGCAACUUUACAGUAGAGGUUGUUGGAGUUGGGGACGUUUGUUCCUUUGCCCAAAUGGAUGUUCGAAGACAUGGUAGCCCAACAUGGCAACCACGUGUUCUGUCUGAGGACCUCAAUCAACCUGACAGCUCAAGUAAACCUGGAAUGACAACAGAUGGUGGUAAAACCGAGCUUUCACUCAUUCACUUCACGAUGACUAAUCCAAAAUGGAAACCUCCACAAGAUUCCUCUGCCUUUAUUACUGCUCUAAGAACACAAGCUCAGAGAGAUAUGAAUGCCCUAACAACCCUACAGGAGGAAAAUGCUCUUUUCUCUUCAUUGAACUCAUUGUCAUGUGAUGGAGGUCUUGGUAUGGCAGCUACCAGCAUGUUCCGGCCUCACUGGAUGAUGGCUGAUACUCGGGGUGGACAGCUCCAGCAGUCCUUCUGGUCACCCAGAGGCCUGCGGGGUGGGAUGUCCCACGUUGAAGGUUCCCGCCAUGGUCCCAGUGGUGGGGUAUUAGAAUCCCUCCAACAAAUGGGACAGUCAGGUGUAGAGUUUCCAAUAGGCACAAGUAGUGUUACUUCUGGACCUAUUAUUGAUCCAGUUCUCGCUCCCAGUACUAUAGGCCCAUCAUCUGUUAUGGGUCCAAGUUUAACCCAACCACUGCCUCAGGAUCUCACUGCUGUGGAUAUGAGUCUUAGCACAUUGUACCUGCAUGAGCUGCAUCAGCGACACCGCCAUCGGGCCAUGUACACCGAUACCCCACAAAAUCCAUCAUCAGCAUCUCGGAGGAUGCCAGCCGGGACGUUCCAUACGGUUCCUCUCCAGGGUCGGCCUCUACCAGAUAAUGGAGGUGCACCUUCAGUGUCAUUCCCGCAUGCACAGGAGAAGACUCCAUUGUUAGCUGAUCCUUGAAUGAGAUAUAAGAUAGAGAAGAUUUUGUGUUGACUUUAUGCUUGGUUAAGAUAGCUGUAGUCAUAACAGGAUUUAGACUAAUGACUGGCUCUGCGAUAACUCAAAUGCCAAACUGUUGGGCGCAGUGUUUGCCAAUUUUGACAAAUGGCUGCAGUACCUUCCAUUUGUUAAACAUGAAUAAGCUAAUAUAUUAGUCCAGCAGAUUUGGUUUCUUACAAUUAAGUUAGAAAUAAGUUUGAAUUUUUAACUUUGUGACAGCUAUUUGUAAAUGAUAUAAUAUGCUUGAAGAAUUUUAUUGUGUAUAAAAUGUACUAUAAAUAAGAAUUUUGUAUUUUCUUAAAGUUACAUUUGAUCAUAAUUUUUAUGCAUUGAUAUUAAAAUUAGAUGCGUGUGAAUGGAUUUUUAAUUCAUUGUCUGUUUUUCAGUAAUGCUUUGUGAAAUGGCAGUUUUCUUUGUAAAUAACUUGAACAAAUAAACUUGAUUCUAUUAUAAA